UCUUAACAAAUCAAAUCAAUUUCUCUUACCCUUUCAAAGAAUAUUACAAGUCAUCAAUCAAUAUUAAAAUAGCAAGUUGUAAAUCCCUAAAAUAAAAUAUUAACAUACCUUAAAGAAUUACAAAGACCUGUAAAUAAAUACUCUUAUUUAAUUUAAUUCAUUUCCUUCAAAAUUAUUUAUGGAUUAUAUAUAUUCAAAACCACGAGGCCACGACGUCUCUCAAAUACUAUUAACAAAGCUGAUUAUUCUCUCAAUACUUUAUACUCCUCGAAAGGGUAGCCUACUUACCUUAUAAUGUUACCCCACACAUAAAGGGGGUGUCCAAUUCCGACCACCAAUGAUUCCACACCCAAAAAACCAGGGCACCGAGAACUCCCCUCCCACAACUCGGCUACAACCGCAGCCAUAAACGCGUGUCUUUCUCUCUCUCUCUUUCCUCCAUUCUCUCUCUUCUCCGACACAAAACACAACGAAACUUACCCGACCCACUGUCGGUCCAACGCCCAGAUCCACAUAAACUUCUUCCUCCAUUGAUCUCCAGAUAUAUCUCUCUCCUCAAUUUGGUACUAAUCCUCCAUUAAUUAAACUAACAAUGGAUGUUAGGAAGAGAAAACGGAUACUUAAGACUCCAUUAACUUUAACACAGAACCUCUCAACCAGGUAUAUUAUGCUGUGUUUUUGUUGCUUUCUUUUCAUUGUGUUCGUUACCCGGGGUUUUCAUUUCGGAUCCGGGACGUUUCGGCCUGCGCCGAUCGUCCCGAAGCUGGUGUCCUCCUCAAUCAGCAGCAAUUCAGUUCAGGAUCUUUCCACCCAACGGAAAGUUGAGAUUGGGAAGAGUAGUCACAGUAAAAGUAAUAAAAGUGAGGGUUAUAGUGACAGUAAAAAUAGUAGUGGAGAAGGAGACGGAAAUGGAGAUGGAGAUGGAGUUGGAGUUGGAGUUGGAGUUGGAGAUGUAGAUGGUGAUGGUUUAUUGAUGGGGUUGAGGAUAGAGAGCAGAGUGUUGUUCAAUGAUCAUGUGUUGGUGAUUUUGCCAGCGAAUAGCAAUUCCCCGCAUCUGCAUAUUCCAAAGAAAAUUGACUGUGUUUACCCCAGAAAAUUGGGUGGUGCUGGGAAGAAGGUAGAAACUGUCAAGCAGCCUAUGCUGUCUGUGGAUGAUUAUGGGGAUGGGAGGUGGUUGGUCCGGUGCCCGGUACCGCCAGUGAAAUACUUGGCGGAGGUUGGGUUGAAAGGGGAGUGGGAAAACGGGGAAGGUAUUGAGUGGGCGGUGGGGAAGGGAGAGAAUCAGAGUGUUCAAUUAUGGGAUAUGGUGGCUUAUGAGGCGGUGUUUGAUGGGGAAGAUAUAGCUGUUGUUUAUGUUAAGGGUUUGCAAUUGAAGUCAGACAGAGAAUCAGACCCAACUCCAUUUAGGUGUCAAUUUUGGAAGGAGGGUGAGGAGGAUUAUGCCCUGACCACGAAGGCAAUCACAGCUGCACAGGAGGUGAUUAGGUGUCCUUUGCCACCGGAAAUGAAGGUGAAACCGUGGAAAGACGAACAAGUUCGAGUCACGGUUGAGGUGACUUCCAAAGUUCCUGGAAGGUCCCAUUUGACAGGUAUGCGACACCAACUAGUACCAUCAAUAGCAAAAUUAUAUCAGAGCAAUAAUAAGAAGAAUGAAAAGGAAAAGGGUAGGUCUAAACAUAAAUAUAAGCUAUGUGCUUGUACUAUGGUGUGGAACCAAGCUGCAUUUAUGAGGGAGUGGGUAAUGUACCAUGCUUGGCUUGGGGUUGAAAGGUGGUUUGUUUAUGAUAAUAAUAGCGAGGAUGGAUUAAAGGAGGUGAUUGAUGAGCUUAAUGUCGAGAAUUAUAAUCUGACUAGGCACACUUGGCCGUGGAUUAAGUCUCAAGAAGCAGGGUUCUCACACUGUAUGUUAAGGGCUAGAGAUCAGUGUCAAUGGGUUGCAUUCUUUGAUGUGGAUGAGUUCUUCAACUUCCCACCUCCAAAACCCAGGCAAAACUCAACCAUUGUUUAUAGGGGACCAAAUGCUCUUCAGACUGUUGUGAGGAAUUAUGGGCGACAGCCAACGGUGGGUGAAAUCAGAACAGACUGCCAUAAUUUUGGACCCUCGGGGCUGAAGAAAAGUCCGGCAGAGGGACUGAUGUUAGGGUAUACCUGCCGGCUUAAGGGGCUUGAGAGGCAUAAGUCAAUUAUUAGGCCUGAUGCAGUUGAUGACAGUCUUCUGAAUCAAGUUCAUCAUUUCAAGCUGAAAAAGGAGUUCAGAAAGGUAAAUUUUCAUCGGGCUGUGAUAAACCACUAUAAGUACCAAGUUUGGGAUAAUUUUAAACAAAAAUUCUAUAGAAGGGUUUCAACCUAUGUUGUUGAUUGGCAAGAGAAUCAGAAUGAAAAUUCAAGAGACAGGGCACCUGGGUUAGGGACAGAAGCUAUUGAACCACCCAAUUGGCCCCAAAGAUUCUGUGAGGUAUGGGAUACUAGGUUAAGGGAUUUUGUUCUAACAAACCUGGCUGAUCGGAAUACAGGGUUGCUUCCAUGGCAGAGGUCUGUAAAAUGAUGAAGAUCGAUAUCCUACAUUUGUAUAACAGGAAACGACAUACUAAUUUUUUGUCCCCCUUAUUUAUUGAACCUCUUUCUUGUGCAUGUUUUGUAGAGAAGCCAUAGAUUAGCCACAAUUUUUACCUAGGCGAAAUAGAGAGUAGAAAAUGCCCCUCUCUCUUUCUAAAACAAAAACAUAAUUUUCUGUUUUUCUUCCUCAUCUGCUCAUGUAUGUACUCCUCUGGAAGAUUUACUGGUUCAUUUGUAAUACAGUGCAGAGCCUUUUGAAUUUCAAAGAA